GUCAAAAGUAUUGCCUCAGUUUUCUCCCAGCAACGAGUAUGAAGGAGCGGUUAUUUCCCUGAGGCUCCCUCAAGAGGCCAACCAUUACAUUUGUCGUAUCACGUUUUUCAGCACCAUUUGAGCAAACUCACCUGUUUAUGCUGAUGCUUCUUGCGUUGUGUUGUAAACAGCCGGCCACGUCUCAACCCUGGGCCUGUUGCACAAAAGUAGAAUUAAGACAUCCGGGAUAAAUGACUCAGCUGAGCUCAAUGAAGCCAAAACAUGUGCGUCCAGGCUUAAUUGGUUGCACAAAGACCAAGCCAGGAUGAGCAGACACGGAUUCAUUAAGCCAGGUGAAACCAAUCCUGGAUAGGUGCGCGCUCACGGCUCACUCAAAUAGACCCCGCCACAGAUCACAGAUUAACUGAUUUACCAUGGCAACUAGAGCCGCGUACUUUUCCCCGUCGGAAGCACAAAUCCUCAUGGAGGCAUACGAGGAGGUAAAAGAUAUAAUUAAGAAGAAAGGCAACACCGCCACAGUGAUAAAGCAAAGAGAAAAAGUAUUGCAGACCGCCUGAAUGCGUAAGUAGUGCACAAUUACACACUCACCGCUCCGCUGAAACAUCACAAUUACAAUUCAAAUAUUUAAUUCACAUCUCCAAAAAUGCAGUUGUACUGUAAUUAUGAAACGGUUAAAUUUUUAAUUGAAAUGCACUGCAGAUAUGAGUGAAAUUGUGUAAAGUAACUCCAUCACACUGUAUAAAGCUAUGAUAAAUUUUUUGAUAUUUUUACUGAAAACAAGACAAAAAUACCAAGUAAUUUUUUGCAGUGUGACUCCAUUAAAUGUGGUGUGUGUGUGUGUGUGUGUGUGUAGAUUAAACAUGAACGGGCCAAAACGGACAUGGCAGCAGGUCAAAAUCAAAUACAAGAACAUUCUGCAGAAUGCAGUGAAAAAGAAUACCCACAGACAAGGCACGGGUGGUGGGUCACCAAAGGCUGACCUUACCCCAGCAGAGGACAUGGCCUUGGAGCUAAAUAAAGGCAGGCCCGUCUUAGAGGGGAUCCCUGGGGGAAAGAGACGAGCAUAGGUUCCUCCCAAGAUGCCACCCGCUUCAUUCAAGUGCCUGGCAGCACUGUGUUCCUGUUAGAGCCACCAGCACAAGCACCAGACGAUGCUGAUCCAGGUGAAGGCCCCAGUGCAGCAGCAACAGCACAUGAUGGAGACGAUGAUGAGGAGGAGACCAUCUCUCUGGAUUCCAGAAGGCAUGAGGACCCAGAUGCUAUACAGUGGGAAAACCAGCCUGGCAACAUAGUGCGUAUUAAUAAAAGGACACCACAUCCUGCCAAAUUCCAGCUGCGCUAAUUGUAUUGUGUUCACAGAGCUCACAAGCUAUCAGAAAGUUGUAUGGCAACCACCUCCGGCGCCAAAUAGAACUGGCAGACAUAGACAUUCAGUACAAGAAGAAAAAGAUGGAAAAUCUUGCACUGGAGUCCGAAAUAAAAAAGAGGACAAUUAGGAAACUGGACCUUGAAAUAAAAAAACUUGAGAGGGAGCUCCAAGAAGAUGACACAGCUCAAAAUAAAAAUUAGGUAUAUUCUCGUAAAGUCAAGUGAGCCAUGACAUAUGAGCUCUUAUUGUGAGCACACAGGACGGUGGCAUCUUUCUAAGGUUUUUUUAUUUUCCCAGCAAUCAGUACAACCAAGUCAUCGUUAUAAGGCAUCGCCCUCUUUUGCCCACCCCCCAGCACCAGGUGUGGCCACUAGCCUAUAUGAAGGCCCAAAAUUGUGUGUUCCUUUCUGCUCUGACAAUGGCAUGCCCAUUCGUGCGAGAUGUGGUGGAUGAAGAAGCACUUGUGCUGAGGAGAGCCUUCAGGCGAGAAAGGGUCUUCAGGGACCGGUUGGACCCACUGGCCUUCCCUGAUGACCAUCUAUAUGAAAGAUACAGGUUUUCUGCAGAUGGCAUCAGGUAUCUAUGCAGACUACUGGGUCCCAGGAUUAAGCACCGCACUGCACGGAGCCAUGCACUGAGUGUGGAGCAAAUGGUUUGUGUGGCCUUGCGCUUUUUUGCUAGUGGAGCCUUCCUGUACUCAGUGGGGGAUGCAGAACAGCUGAACAAGGCCACAAUUUGCCGCACAAUAAGGAGUGUGUGUCUGGCUAUCAAAGCAUUAGCAGAUGUCUUCAUCUCCUUCCCUGGCCACAGAAGACUCUGUGACAUCAAAGAGGAGUUCUAUAGGAUUGCAGAUGGUCUGCAAUGCUGACUGUGUGAUCAGCAAUGUUGUGGCAAAAUGUCCUGGCUCAGUCCAUGACUCCAGAAUCUUUCGGGCCUCUGAAAUCUAUCAGUGCCUAUCACAAGGUGAAUUCUCUGGUGUGUUGCUGGGAGACAGGGGGUAUGGCUGCCAGCCUUUUCUCCUGACACCUUUCACAGACCCCCAGGAAGCACAGCAGGCCUACAACCAUGCCCAUGCCAGGACCAGAGUUGAAAUGACCUUUGGCCUCCUGAAGGCACGCUUUCACUGCCUUCACAAAUUAAGGGUCAGCCCUGUUAGAGCAUGUCAUAUUACUGUGGCUUGUGCUGUCCUCCACAAUGUGGCCUGCCUGAGGAAGGAGAGGGCCCCCAGAGUGCCACCAGCCAUGGACUGGGACAAUCCGGCAAUCUUCCCUGAUGACGACAGUGGUCGGCUGCUGAGGGACCAAUAUGUGUUGAAUUAUUUUAGUUAGUAUGUGUGCUUUCAAUUUUGGUUAAAUAUGUCCUGCGGUGGCAGAGGAAUUUGGG